AUUUCACCCUAAUUUCAAAUAAAAAUUGUCAUUUAGAGCAUUUAUUUGCAGAAAAAUGACAACUGGUCAAAAUAAUAAAAAAUAUGCAGUGUUUUCAGCGCAAACAUUCAAGCAGCUCGGCUUUGUUUGAUGGCUUGUGACCAUCAAACCAUUCCAGAGGUUUUCAAUGGGAUUCAGGUAUGGGGAUUGGGCUGUUCAUGACAGGGUUCUGAUCUGGUUGUCCUUCAUUCACACCUUCACUGACCUGGCUGUGUGGAGUGGAGCAUUUGCCUGCUGGGAAAAACUCAAGAGUUGGAAAAUUGUCAGAGCAGAAGGAAUCAAGUUUUACAGAUCAUUUUGAAGUGGUCUCUUCAUUUUAUAUAUAUAUAUGCCCAAAUAUAUAUAUAUAUGCCCAAAUAUGUUGCAUUGACCUGAUGUCAAUGGGGAUGUGAUGCCUCCUUACCUGAAACCAAUUGGAAACCUCGAGGGUCUGGGUUUUCAUGUGGAAAGUUAAGUAUAGCCUGGUGUCCUAAGUGGCCGGGCAAAAUAAUGCCUGAUAACCGGAAGCUGAAUACUACUAAUAAUAAUAAACUUGAUUUAUCUAGCACCUUUCAUGCAAAAGAAUGCAGCUCAAAGUGCUUUUAAUGACAAUGGAAGGCAGAGGGGAUCGAACUGUUGGGGAGGAGUAAUUCCUUUUUAGUAAAUUAUAUGGAUGGAAAAAGAGUUCAACAAGCUUAAUACAGUUCAUUAAAAAAAAUUCCCCCAGGUCGAUCUGUUUCUCUUCCCAAAAAAGGUUCAAAUAAUUGAAUGCUCACACUGCACAGAGAAAAUACCGUAAAUAGGAGUUCAAUUGAAGCACCGCUUCCCUUUGCUACCCAGAAAUAUUACCAUAGCAACCGACUCCAGCGUUCUCCUCUGAGAUGCGGCAACCAUGGAUUUGUCCGAUUGAAAAGCAAAACUACACCUAAUCCCGUGUGCCAGUUUGGAAUGCCGAAGGCUGCAUGCUCCAACAAAGUCAGUCCGCCGAACUGAACGACAGGUUACCAGCGCUUGUCUUGAUGUCGGUGGAAAAAAAGCGGACUCAACAUUUUCAACUCGAUCUAUAGCUACCGCAGCGUCGUUGCUGUAUGGUGGCAGAGCUGGGGGUAUAGAGAGAGAGGGGUGAGAAGGAGGAAAGCAGUGCAGAAGAUCGAAGUACAGUAUUAUCGCAUUGGCCAAUAGAGCUACGGCGCACAAACAAAACUGUCGCACUAAUACUGAGCCUGUCUGUACCAAUACGCAUCCAUUGACGGACGUCUGUAGAACCGUGAAAAUAUGGAGGGGGAUUGUAGAAUUUGCCUCUUUGACUCGCCUGUCAGUGAAGCUGUCGCGUUAAACUGAAUUGAAAAUGUCUGCUCCAGCCUCUGAUGCUGCCCCCGGAGCUGAUGGAGGUCCCGGUGGUGCCCCUGCCCCUCCCCCCAACACCACCAGCAACCGGAGACUACAGCAAACACAAGCACAAGUGGAUGAGGUGGUGGACAUCAUGCGUGUGAACGUGGACAAGGUGCUGGAGAGGGACCAGAAGCUGUCGGAGCUGGAUGACCGGGCAGACGCGCUCCAGGCCGGCGCCUCGCAGUUUGAGAGCUGCGCUGCCAAGCUGAAGAACAAAUACUGGUGGAAGAACUGCAAGAUGAUGAUAAUCAUGGGAGUUAUUGGUGUCAUCCUGGUUGGAAUCAUUUGCUUGCACUUCUUCUCUUGAGCCAAACCCCAUGGUGGUGAAGGAUGUGCAGAAUGAAAGGAAAUGUGUGUGUGAGAAUGUGAGAAAGAAGAAAAACAAACAACUCAGCACAGCGCCACACCCUCUCCAAUUCUCACCUCCUCCCUCCCCUCCUCCCCUCCAUACUCCACUCCUCCUUCCAGCCAUCUUGCACUAAACUAUAGAUGUGCGGGUCGUGUUGUUAGCUGGUACCUCUCCUCUAAGGCUCCAUGGGACCCACUUUAGCUUUCUCUCUCUCUCUCCAUCUUCUUUCACUCUCUCUCCAUCUUCUUUCACUCUCUCUCCAUUUUCUUUCUCCCUCUCUCUCCAUCUUUUUUCUCUCUCUCUCUCCAUCUUCUUUUUCUCUCUCUCUCUGGCCCUCCUCUUACGCUCAUCCAUUAUUCAAACACUCUGCAGGAGCACAGAAGUGAACGGAAGGAAGAGAGAGAGAGAGAGAGAGAGAGAGAGAGAGAGAGAAUAUGGGAAAGGGAGGGAGUUAGAGAUACAGGGAGAUAGAAGAGAGGGGAGGAUUAGAGUGAGGAGGGGGUGAUGACAAAGAGUGAAAGAAGAAGAGAGAAAAGAGGGGGAGGAGGAAACAAGGGAAGUAGAAGGUGUGGGGAUUUGAGAAAAUUAUUUUUAACAGUAUGGGGAAAAAGGGGGGAGUGUACGUGUGAGUGUGAAUGUGAGUUUGAGUGUGAGUGCAUGUGUUAGUGCGAUUGAAUGUGAGGGAAAGAGUGAAAAUGAAUCACAGAGAUGUGUUUGAGCUAAAGCAGUGACUACUCUCUAGUCCUUCAUCUGCCAGGUUACUGCUGAAGCCUGUAUGUCUUCUCCUGCCGAACAACCCUGUUACAUUUGUACAUGGAUCCUGUCAUUCCAGCAAACUUCACAACCUUCCCACCCCUCUGGCCUCCCCCGUCACAACUGCUCCAACUAGUGAUACUGGGCUUGUACUUAUCUCUGCCAGACUCAACGAGAAUGAGAAUACCUUAGGUGUAUGUGUGCCCUUUAACUUGUGAUUCAAACCAUCGUAGGUAGUAGCUGAUUUCUCCUGAUUAGUCUUUUUAAUGAUCGUUAGCCCGUUAGCUUGUCGCUCCUCUUCUUCUGUCUUGGGCUCUUUUUAGUUUUCUCCCAAGAGAAAGCCGGAGAAAGAAAAAACAAAAACAAAAAGAUUAGAAAAGAGGAACAGGAAAGAAAGAUAAAAUACAUGAAGAUAUUACAGUAGCACAUGAUGAUAAAUUAGUUUCAGGUCAGUGUAAUUUUAACUUUUAAUUUAAUUUUUUACAAUUUUACCGUGCAAGUUUUUAGAUCAAGGCACACAGAUACAGGGUUGACAAAUUCAUACAAACUGAUACAAACACACACCCAGAGGCCCACAUGAUUCUGCGCAGAUGCACAGAUUUACAUUCCAACCAGCUUAACUGCUCCAGGGAGGGUACUGCCUGUACUACAAUUUCAAAUCAACACCUGAGUGUGUUCCUUAAGUCUGAUGUUUCUCCCAGUUACGAGCAAACUGCCAAGACCAGAUGAAGACUAGUUAGAUAGCAAACAGCACAGGACAAAAUUAGCUACAUUUUCUAAUGGAGGAGAUUACAGAAGUACACACACACACGCACAAACACACACACACACACACACACACACAAACACAAACACAGACACACACACACCGAUUUAUCCAGACUCUAGGAAUAUAACUGUAUAGCAGGUGAUGUUUGCACACUAGUGCAGAUGGCUUGCUUGCUUGUGUGCUACAUGUUUUUCCCCAUAGCGGAGGAUUCAUGGAUGGAUCUGGCAACUCCUCUCCUGAACCACAUGGGAUCCACUCCAGAGUGUCCCUCUAUUCGGACUGCCUGUUAUCAUUCUCUGCCAUUAAAUGUCUUUUCUGUACAUUCUUGUGAAGCCAUUGAACCUGCCAAAUUUUGUCAUAACUUGCUUUAAAACCAGAAUGUUUUGGAUGAUAAUGUGAGGAAAAAAGAAAUAUUGAUACUGUGUUAGGCAUAUGCCAAACUAGGAACUUUAGAGAUACAAAUGUGAUUUUGACUUUUAUUUAUUUUUAUAUUUUGUUUGGUGUUUGGUUCUGGUGAAAUGAUUCCUUUGUAAACAUGAACAAAAGUUUGUGUUUGAAUUUCGUACGUGAAUGACUCCAGGAUUAAAACAGUGAAUUUAUAAACACAUUAGAUAACGGUCUUCCUUAACCAGGGAAAGUGCCAAUGCAUGUUUACUUGCUUAACACUUUUGAUGAUGCCAAUAAAAAAAUCAUCAACAUGAAA